AAAAUCAACAACGUGAUGAUCAAAUACUCACUUUAAUUCCUUCAUCAAAUUUCAUCAAAUACAAAAAUACACAUCAACAAAUAACUUCACUUGUCAAAAAUGUCAUUUGAAGAAUUAAAAACCAUCGAAAAGAUGGCUCCCUCCAAAAAAUUGAAAUUAGAUUCUGAUGAAAUUCCCUCCGAUCCAUACAAACUCUACAAGGACAGUUUCAAAAAGAAAGGUCAAUCCAAAUAUUCACUUUACAAAUCUUACAAUUUAGGAAUGUUGUGGUGUUCACUCAGUUUUGCAUUAUUUGCUUUAGAUGCUGUUAAUCCUUCACAAUACGUAACUGUGAGAAUUAAUUCAACACAAGAGGAAAUGGAGCAUUUUGAUUAUAUUUUCAAUUUUUCAAUGAGAAUUGCACAUUUGGUAACUUUUGGAGUUGCAUUUCUGUUUGGAUUAAUUUUGCUAGCUUGGUAUUCAUUGAUUAGAAAGAGUAUUUAUACAGGAGUGCAUUAUACGUUGCAUUUUGGAACUCUGGUUGGAUUGGGAAUGGCUGUCUUGAUGGAAUAUGUUUGCAUUUUGGUAUUUUACUUUUCCUUGUCUGAUUUUACAAAAUUUUCAGAAGUUUCACAAACAAUUUAUGUGUUUAGAGCCAUGUAUGGUGUUGCUUUGGCCAUUCACGAGUUGUGUGCUUAUAAAUUAUUGGCAGAAAUGUGUGAAACAGUUGAAUCGAGUCCUGGAAUCAUUAUUGGAUUUGCUUUGACUUCACAUCCGUUCAAGUUUGCUUUCGAUAAGAUUAUUUCACUUCAGGAUUGGAUUAGUUUGGAUCAGGUAUUGCAAAUAUCAUUACUUAUUGGUGCCUUGAUUGUCAUUUCAAUUGGUUCUUACUGUAGUUUGGAAGUUUAUCAAUAUUUGCAGAAUAAUCAUAAUUUGUUGAGAUCAAAUUUGGCAAUUCAAAAGGAUAUUGACUUUAUUGUAAAGAAAGGUUUAGUUAACUCAAAAUCUAAUGAGAAAUUCUCAAGAAAAUUCCUAGAUGCUGUCACUAGAAAUAUUCUCUACAUUGUCAUGAUGAUAUUUGUCUUACUAAUGACUUGCUUAUUCAGAUUUGGAGUUCAGUUGACUCCAAUGGAAACUGGUGGCACGUAUUGGAGCCAAAUUGUUGACUCGAGUAGAAACGAUGCAAUUUCUCUCGGUCUAGCUAUUCAAUUUAUUAUUCUGGUCACCCUACCAUUAUGUGGAGCUAUAUUGGAUCAAGGAGGUCAAUCAAAGGCCUCUAAAAAGACUGCCAUUCAAUUGAGAGAAUUGAAAGAACACAAAAAGACGCUCAUUCACAAUAAGGCCUUCAACUCAACUUCAACCACAACAACAGCAGAGAAGAUUUCAAAAUCAUUCAGACUCAAAUUUAGAGUGGUUUUUCUUUGUAUUGGAAUGAUCGUAUCAAUUAGUUGCUCCUUCUUUUAUGUUACUGAAAUUCCAGAUGACGUUCCAUUGUACGAUUUCAUUCUCAACGUGGUGACAUUCCUAUAUGCCAUUGGUGUUUCAAUCUGUACAUGCUCGACCUAUCUCAUUCCAAAAUAUUACUUUUCCAUUAAGAAUAAGAGAGAGAUUGAGGAAAAGGCGUUGAAAUUGAAGAGAAACAUGUCAGGAAACGUACCUAAAUAUCUACAUUACUUGUACAGUAUUUUCUAUGAGCAAACAGAGUUUAGUGGAAUUAGAUUCAUGACUUGGUUUGCAGUUGUUUCAAUUGUUAAGGAAGCUGCUCGUGUCUACCACUCGAGUACAAGUUUCAAUUAUGAUUUGAUGAUUAUUACUGCUGUUUUGGUAAUUGCCCUUUCAUUUGCCAUGUUUGGUUUCUUUUUAUUACUUUCAUAUUUUGAUUUCAAAUACAUGGUUCAAAAAAGUAGAAAUUCUGAUAAUAGAAUAAUUGAAAAUCAUCAACAAGGAGAAGAAAGUGUAAAAAGUGAUGAUCCAACAGAUGAAAGAUUCGAUCCUUCACAUUUAUUCUCAAAACCAUCACUUGGAGAACGAUUUAGAGAUAGAGGAAGAUCCUGGAUCUUGUAUUUAGGUUCAAUUCUGACAUGGCCAGUUGAUUUAAUGAUGAGUCUUAACUUGUUCUUGUUUGUGGUUUGUGUUUCUGGUGUUCCAACUGUUUUAAUUGCAAUUUAUGAGUCAACUCAACCAAGUACUAGACAAAACUCUCAUCCUGUCGAAAUUGUUUUUCUUCCAUCAAUGUUUGCUAUUUUCAUUUUCACUUAUUAUUUUGUUUACAAGUCUGCAUUUUUGAAAUUUGUUGGAUUACAUAUUUUCAAGUGGACUAGAAAGAUGUUUGAUUUGAUUUUUGACAGUGCCUAUUCCACAAUCAAGGGAAUGCCAAAUUGUACCUAUUCUUUCUUUAAACAUGAAACUGAGUUACUAGAAUUGAAGAAUAAGAGAAGAGACAAACGAUCCACUCAAUUAGGAGACACCUCACAAGCAGGAAAAGUUUUCGGUAAAUUAUAUGAACUUGCUGAACUGAGAGAAAAGAACAAGAAGGAGGAUGAUAAUGAAAUUGAACUCCUCGAUAAUGGUGAUCACAAUGUUGAUAGUUAUUAUGUAGCUUACAAUGACAUUGACCAACCACUACAAAAUACUCCAUCUCUCAAUGAAGAUCCAGAAUUCAAUUCAACUCAAUUCGAAGAAUUGGAAAGAAAGAAGAAUGAAUUUAUCAUUGUUACAGCAAAGGAUGAUCGAAUUUUCCCACACGAGGAAAUUCUAAUUGAAAAGAACACAGAUCGUGUCAAUGUUAAAACAUUUGAGAACAGAGAAGCCUAUGUGGAAUAUUUGAAUUCAAGAGAAUUUUUAGACAAUUUCAAUGAUAAGGAAUAUUCGUUCACUCCAAUUACAAACGGAACUGUCUUUGUGAAGAAGAGCAAGUUCAGUAGCAUUUACAGAAAUGAGAGAUACUUGAAAUAUAUUAGAGCUAUUAGACCAGGAUUGAAUUUUAUGAUGUACAUUGUCUUGUACUAUUGUGGCUUCUUCUUGAUUCCUCAAAUUUUCUCAUGGUUUCAACUCAAAGGAAUGCCAACCAUUACCAAUCCAUAUACUUUCUUAAUUGUUUCUUGUAAUUUCGUUUUUGGAUUUUUAAUGUUUUAUCCAUUAAUUUCUACUUGGAUGGAUAUUAAUCAAUCAGUUACAGCCUCUCUAAAGGAAUUUAUUGUACUAUUAGAAGAGACAGAAACGAAAUUCAAAGUCUAUGAUAAUGCAGAUACCAUCUCUUAUGAUACUAAUACUCAAAUUAAGAUUAAUUUAUCAAGAAAUAAGUGCUACAUACUCGAUAAGGACUUUGCCAUCGUUUGGCACAAGAGAAUGAAAUAUAUUCAAAAGAUUGUCGAUGCCAAAAUGGUUUAUUUGAAGAAUAAUUUAAUUGUAAGUUAG